AUGGCAAUGCUGCGCUCCGUCGUGAUUUCUGUAGUUUUUCUUACAGUUUUGGCAGACAUUGAUUCAGAUUGGAAGCUUCCGAGCACCCAUUUGGGCAAUGGUGGUCUUUUCUAUCUUCAAAAGACCGACAAACAUAACGAUACAAAUAUAGAGACAAUUGAAAUGGUUCUGAGCAACUAUUUACAUGCAUUAAGGAGAGUUGAUGACUUCCAACACCACGUGUGCCCACGUUGUAGAAGGCAUUUCUCACUUCUCAAUAAGAUCAAAUAUGUUUUUGGUUUUAAGAAUUUUGGAUUUUCUGCCAUUCAUAAUUCAUUCCCUCCUGUUCUGGGUUCUACACUUCUACCGUUCUACGCGGCAAUCACACUCUCACAGCCUUCUGCAGACUGCAGUUCUGCUUCUCCGGUCUCAGUGACGCACGACGUUCUUCAGUUCUCCAGUCUCUUGCUCGACGGUUCUCCGGUUCUGCGCGGCGCACGAUGGUUCUCCAGUUCUCCUGUUUUGCGCAACGCACGACGCCACGACGGUCCUCCGGCUUCGCUCAACAGCCUCGCCCCGACGCCCCUCAGCCAAGCAUUGAAAAAAUGGAUAAUGGUUCAUUUCACCCUCUUGAGAGAUAUGAUAGGCUUAUUAUUCAACAAUUAUAGUAGGGUUAGCAUUUGCUGAAAAAGUCGACCCUGCAGAUGACAAAAACCCAGAAAAUCAAGGUUGUCUGUCAAUCAUCAUCCGUGUUCUAUGGAGAAACAUUAUAAAAUUGCUCCAACCUGCAAGUGGAUAAUGAAUUAAUAAAUAAUAAUGAUGAAAACCGUGUCUCAAUCACCUUGUACACAAUGCCAAAUCCCCCCUCCUCAAUCUUGCAGUAUGAUCUGAACCCUUGAGUCGCAGAUCUCAGCUCCUCGUAUGAAAAUAUCCGAAACUCUCCCCGUUUCCUUCUCCUGUUUCGUACCCAGACAUUAAAACCUCAUUUGCUUCAAAAACCAGACAGAAAUUAACAAAAGGGAGUUCUAAUUUGAAGUGUGUGUUUACCAUGUCGGCUUUCUCUCUCCUCUG